UUGACACAUGACAUUGAUAUUUUAUUUGAAUUGUCAAGGUCGGUUUCGUGAAAUUGCUUAAAUGAACUAAAUUUAAAAUAAAUAUGGAAACUCUUUGCUUAAUAUGUUUAAGUAACGAUCGUAAAUUGUUUUUUAUAUCGACACCAUUGGCGGGAAUAAUGAGAAUGAUACUACCAGAAAUUGAAGUAUCGAAAUUAUGUUGGGAGUGUUUAGCAAGUUUGAAACAUUUAUUAAAAUUAAGAAAAAGAGCAUUGAACUCGAAACAGAUAUUGGAUAUACAUUUUAAGGUUAAUAAUCCACCUAUGCUCCAAAGCAGUUCCAAUUUGGGUACUUGUUACAUAUUUACAUUUUCACUUGGUGAUCAUUUUAUUGAAGAAAAUAAAUUUACCAAAAAUAUAGAAUCAAAAUUAUCUGGCAACACUGAAUUAAAAAAUAACACAGAAGGCAAAGGUAUUGAUUUAGGUUUGUCCAAAAAUACUUUGGUCAAAGACAAUAAAUCUGUUAAGAAGUCAAAGAGUAUAGUUAAGAGUAGAAAAAAGAAGAAAGUAAGAAGUCAAAAGAAAGUAAUAUCAAACAAAGAAUAUAGUUGCAGUGAAUGUAAGGAAAAGUUUGAAAGCCGAGGUAAAUAUGAAUACCAUAGACAGAAGCACAGAGGUAGAGUUAAAUGUUUAGAGUGUAAUAGAGACUUCUCUAGCCGCAGUUCUCUGUCUACCCACAAUACUAUAGUACAUUCAACAACUCCUACAGAUAAUAUUUUCAGGCACUAUUGUCAGCCGUGUGAUAAAUUCUUUAAAACAAGUUGUAGUUAUAACAAACAUAUACGUAUUUCAUCAAGACAUAUAGAUCCACAAUUAUUACGUUAUUGCUGUCCCACUUGCGGCAAAGGAUUUUUAACAUGUGAAGAAAGAGAUAGACACAAUGAGAUGAUACAUCUUCAAAAGAACAGACUACAAUGUACAAGAUGUCCGAGAAAGUAUUGCAGUGUUCGUGCAUUGCGGUGUCAUAUGAGACGCCAUAUUGGUGGUAUCACAAAACGUGACUAUAUGUGUGAAAUAUGUGGCAUUGGUUUCAAAACUAGUCAAGUAUUAAAGGGACAUCAAAAAGUACACGAAAAAGUGAAAUCUCAAGAAAAAUAGUUUUAAUAUAAGUUGAAAAUAA